AUGUUAGACACCAUCACCAGGGGUCUCGACGCAGUAAACACGGCGAUCACGGCACAGCAAGCUAAGAUCGAUAACAUUUUGGACGUCCUGAAAAACACGGUUGCUGUUCAGAGCACAAACACGGCUGGCAUUCACGACCUUGGAGUACACACGGACGCCUUAAGGGCACAAGUCUCGGCACUGUCGGCAACGAUCAGUAGAACCCCGGCGGCAGUAGCAGCAGGUACAAGCACAGGCAAGGGUGUCGUAGCGAAACCUUCGAUGUUCAACGGCAGCGGUGACCUUUCAUCAUCUCGGUUCUUCCUGGCAACUUUCGUAAAUUGGGCACAGAACCAGGGAACUGCAAUGAACAUAGCGAACCCGGAUGGCAGCUGGACACGGAACGAUCAGAAGUGGAUUGGAUCAGCUCUGAAUUUCCUCACGGACAAGGCACAGUCAUGGGCACUCCCUUAUCUGGAGAAGCUUGGUCUAGGACAGCUGGCAUUCAAGGAUUGGCCUGAAUUCGAGACUGCUUUCCGUAAACGGUUCGAACCGGUUGACGUUAAGACCACGGCUCAGCAGGCGCUGGAAGGAUUGUCCCAAGGCAGAGGCUCAGUGGAACAGUACAAAGCCAAGUUCGAUGAACAUGCCCCUCGUACUGGUUGGCCCGAUACUGUCCUUGCCCGAGAAUUCCGUGAUGGUCUCUCUGAACGUGUCAAGGACGUAAUGAUCAAUCUGACGUACAACAAGGAGAGCUUGGACGACGUCUACCGUGCGGCACAAACGGCUGGUGAACGUAUCCGCGAACGUGAUCAGGAAAAGUCCGGCAAGAGUAGGCACUCUACCGUUUCCUCGAUCCCGGCUCCAGACGCGAUGGACAUCGACGCUACUCGGGUGACCAAGGUACAGGCCCCGGCUAAAAACACUGGUUCUAACGGCAAAACCUACGACGACUUCAAGCGGGCCAUGGUGAACAAGUGCAACAAGUGUGGAUCUUCGGAGCACGUUGCUAAGAAUGGUAACCAUGAGCGCGACGUUUGCUACCACUGCAAGAAGGUUGGUCACAGGAGCACGGCUUGCAUGCGCAAGUUCAUGGGUUUCCCGGCUACGCAGCAGGUUAGUGCCGAUACGGGUGCGUCAGGGUCAGGACAGUCACAGGGUACUGUAACGGUUGGUAACACGGACAAUGCGGAGAAGUUGAAAGCGUUGGAGGAGAAGAUGUCGGCUCUGAUGAAAGAGCAUGAGGCGAUUAAGGCGGCUUUUUAG